GGUCUUGAGGGAACAGACGAAACCCUCUGGGUUACGGAAGCCGGCGACUACCUUUGGGACCCCAGGCAGAAAUGACUGAGCCCACCAUUUCAGGAGCUUGUGUCUGUCAGAAAAGUACCCUAAAGCCAGAAGUCCCGGGAUAUGAGCCGGAAAAGGCAUCGCCUGGUGUCGGAGACCUUCGGGCUGAAGAGGCGCCGGGAGCGCGGGGAUGGAGAAGCGGAUCCUCUGAGGGGCGAGUCCGGUAUCUGAUGAGGAAGGUGCAUGAGAAGAAGGAGCUUCAAGAAGAGGGGGAGAUCAGAGUGAUUCAGCUGGGCUUCGACUUGGAUGCCCAUGGGAUUAUCUUCACUGAGGACUACAGAACCAAAGUCCUUAAGGCUUGCGAUGGCCGACCAUAUGCUGGAGCCGUGCAGAAGUUUCUGGCUUCGGUCCUUCCAGCCUGUGGGGACCUUAGCUUCCAGCAGGACCAGAUGACACAGACCUUUGGCUUCAGGGACCCAGAGAUCACGCAGCUAGUGAAUGCUGGAGUCCUCACUGUCCGUGAUGCCGGGAGCUGGUGGCUAGCUGUGCCUGGAGCUGGGAAAUUCAUCAAGUAUUUUGUUAAAGGGCGCCAGGCUGUCCUCGGCAUGGUCCGGAAGGCCAAGUACCAGGAGCUACUCCUGUCAGAGCUCCUGGGCCGGCGGGUACCUGCAACUGUGCGGCUCGGCCUCUCCUACCAUGUGCAUGACCUCAUUGGGGCCCAGUUGGUGGACUGUAUCUCUACCACUUCUGGAACCCUCCUCCGCCUGGCAGAGACCUGAGGAUUCUGCUCAUCAUUGCCCACCUUCUCAGAGUGGGCAAGAGGGGCCCAGAAGUGCAGCCCAUGGUGUCUGAGGCAGGGUCAUGUCGGGAAGGCUCGGGAGCCGGAUGGUUGUUAGGGUCAUGUCUAUGCGAAGGGUCAGAUGUGACUGCUGCUGUUUAUAUGGUCUCUGACCCAGUGGUGAGGUUUGGACAUUGUCGUUCUGCCCUUCCAUGGAAGUGAAACCAGAAACUGUGCCAAGGCUGGGGCUGCUGCCUUUCAUGCAAAAAAGUGUUACUGUUGCUCUUCCUUGAGAUAGGAAGGUGGGAUUUCUGGGGGGACUGGUGAAGGAGGGCAGGAUUCUCUCCUUCACGUAGGUGUUGAAACUGCCAAAUAAAGUACUUCUGCC